AUGACGGCCCCUUCUAUCAUCAUUACAGUCGAUAAAAAUCCAGGAUCCGGAAAUUUUACAUCAAUUCAAGGUGCAAUUGACUCUCUCCCUUUGGUGAACCAAGAAAGAGUUUUGAUCGAUGUUCAUGCAGGGAUAUACACAGAGAAGGUAACAAUACCUUCAACAAAAGCGUACAUAAAAAUACAAGGUGCUGGGGCAGAAAAUACAGUGGUUCAGUGGGGUGAUACAGCCAGGUCACAGCCACUUGGAACAUAUGGUUCAGCAACUUUUGGCGUAGAUGCACCAUACUUUGUAGCAAAAAAUAUCACAUUCAAGAAUACAGCUCCAAUUCCUCCACCAGGAGCUGAUGGAAUGCAAGGAGUAGCUUUACGAAUAUCAGGAGACGCAUCCGCAUUUGCAGGUUGUAAGUUUCUGGGCGCACAAGACACUCUCUACGAUCACAGGGGUAGGCAUUAUUACGAAGAUUGCUACAUUGAAGGAUCUGUGGAUUUCAUCUUUGGUGAUGGUCGUUCCUACUAUAAGGGUUGUGAGUUACAUGCAAUUGCAACAGGAGCAGUGGCAGCUCAAAACAGAAGCGCGAGUUCGGAAAAUACAGGUUUCUCCAUUGUCAACUGUAGAGUGACGGGCUCAGACAUAGUGUACCUAGCGAGAGCAUGGGCUCCUUUCUCUACAACCAUAUUUGCUUAUACAUACAUGGAAAACAAUGUCAACCCGGAGGGCUGGUUUGACUGGGGUGAUCCAUCUAGACAAUCGACUGUAACCUUUGGGGAGUAUCAGUGUAGUGGACCUGGAUCAAAUACUGCAGGAAGAGUUAAAUGGUCAAAAAUUCUUACAGAUGAAGAGGCUGGACGGUUUACUUCCCUUGACUUUAUUGAUGCAUCUGAAUGGCUCGACCUAUCAUAA